CUUCCUCUCUCCGUGACACACAAAUUGAAUUCUUUGCCAUCCAAAGAGAAUUACGACAUGGGCAGAUAAAGCAUUGAAGGAGAGCUAUCAACUCCUAUAGUUGCCAAAGAUGAACAGCAUCAAGUAUAUGGCAGUGGUACUAGUAGUGGUGACCAUGUCUGUGCCAACAGUACCGGUUGUGAUGGUGGUGGUGAGAGUCAGAGUGGAUCUUUUUCAGCCACAGGUGGGAUAUUCAUCAACUGCUCAGACUGGAAUCAUGGAUGACCUGGGUCUUACAGUGGCAGAGUACUCACUUUUUGGUUCAAUAUUGACAAUUGGAGCAAUGAUGGGUGCAAUAGUGAGUGGCCAAAUAGCAGAUUACAUAGGUAGAAGAGGCAGACAAUGGGCUUUUCAGAGAUAUUCUGCCUGGCAGGGUGGCUAGCCAUAGC